AUGCGCAGCCAGAUGUUAGCGCUAGGACGGGCCGCGCGAUGUGUUGCGCGGCGGGGAUUGCAUAUCAAGACGCUUACAACGCCGAACGAGAACGCGCUCAAGUAUGUGUCGACUGACGGGGAGCUGCUGCAGGAGCGCGGGGCGCCGAGCGUCGAAAUCCGCAACUUUGACAUGGAGCUGAUCCGGCAGGCGCCGCUGGCAGAGAAGCUGUUUGCGCAGGUGCCGGGAGUGGAGGCGGUGAUGAUCGGAGACGACUUCGUGACGGUGAGCAAGGAUGCGGAGCUGGGGUGGGCGCAGGUGACGCCGCGCGUGCUGGAGGUGCUGACGCAGCAGCUGGCGAGCGGACAGGCGGCGGUGCAGGGCCAGGUGGCGGUGGGCGGCACGGAGCGGUUCCAGUACGACGAGGAGGAGCAGGAGAUCAGCGACACGAUCGAGGAGAUCAUCCAGACGCGGGUGCGGCCGGCGAUUAUGGACGACGGCGGGGACAUCCAGUACCGCGGGUGGGACCCGGAGACGGGGCGGGUGUACCUGAAGCUGCAGGGCGCGUGCAAGUCGUGCUCGUCGAGCGAGGUGACGCUGAAGCACGGCAUUGAGUCGAUGCUGAAGCACUACGUGGAGGAGGUCAGCGGCGUGGAACAGGUGCUGGACGUGGAGGAGCAGGUUGCACUGCACGAGUUCGGCCGGCUGGAGGAGCGGCUGCGCGCGCGCACGAGUAAAUAG